CAACGAUGUUUUUGAGGUUACCGAGGUUACCGAGUACGCCAGUCAUUUGUGGGAUUUGCUUUCACAGAAAUAAACAAAGGAAAACAAUAAACAUUCAAAAUGGCUGGAUUAAGAGCAUUGCCACAGAGUAAGGAAGCUCUUUUGAAAUCAUAUCGCACACGUCUAAAGGACGAUGUGAAGAGUAUGCUAGAGAACUUUGAAGAAAUUGUGAAAUUGGCAAAGGGUGAUCAUGAUACUCAACUAUCCAGAAUGGCACAAUGUGAACAGGACACUUAUGAAAUGCAUGUGAGAGCUGCAAAUAUUGUCAGAGCUGGUGAAUCUCUCAUGAAACUAGUGUCAGAUAUUAAACAGUAUCUGAUUCUGAAUGAUUUCCCAUCUGUAAAUGAGGCUAUUGCACAAAAUUCCAAACUUUUUAGAACUAAACAAACUGAAUGUGAUCAAAAACUCAUGUCAUUGAGGGAUGAUAUGGCUGCAGACUUAUAUGAUCUUGAAGAAGAAUAUUACAACAGCAUAAAUAAAUGAAUGCAAAUAGUUCUAAGUUGAUUUAUAACUAAGUUAUUAAGAAACCUUUUAAGCAACAUUAAUUUUUAUGUAAUUAUGUAUUUUGGCGUACAAUAAAAUUUAACAUAGGCAACCACCAUAA